AUGUCAUUCCUCCCUAAGUAUGCAGGUUUCCAGAACCACGCAGAAAGGAAGUACCUUGAAUACGUUCGUGAUGGUUUUCUUAAGGGUAAACUAAAAUACUCUUCUGAUCAAGCUUUGACCCCGUUUACAAAGUUUGAGAUUGUGCCCGACAAGGAUGGUAAAUAUUGGCACAUAAAAUGUUGCUACAACGGCAAGUACUUAGCCUCUACCAAUGACGGCAAUCGCUUCGUUGCUCCCUUCGUUAGCAAGCCAAGUGAAAACGAAUCCUCAUGGCCAUGCACAUUGUUUAAUAUCAUCCCUGGUCCUACUAUAGGGACUUACUAUUUAUUUGAUGUCAUGAUUUACACCUAUGCAUGUCGAUGUACCGAUCGCAGAGUUCAUCACGAUGUUCUCACAACUAUAUAUAAUCUCGAGGAAGCACGAGACAGCGACAAAUUAAUUCUGUUAGUCGACUUUGAAAACGUCAUCCGACUCCCCAAAUAUGUUGCCUUUAAGAACAAUGAUAAGUUACUCGCUUCCUUUUCGUAUAAUAAUUCCAUGUAUCUGCAGUUCAAUACCGAUGACAUUGGAAACCCUUGGGCGGCCCACGAAGUUUUCAAUGUCGGCGAUGGAACUAUUAGAAUCAAGAAUGAUUAUACGAAGAAGUUUUGGAGACGUGACCCAAACUGGAUCCUAGCUGACUCAAACGACCAGACGAAAAACAACAAGAACACCUUGUUUUGGCCAGUCAAGAUUGCUAAAAAUAAAAUCGCGCUUCGAAACGUUGCCAAUGGCAUGAUCUGUAGGAGAUAUAGUGCUGAUAGUAAGGUGGAUUGUCUGAAUGCUCGUGCUGAUUCUAUCAUUAAGGAUGCAGAAUUGGAGAUCGUUGAGCUAGUUAUUUCAAGGGAAAUCUACAAUAUUCGGUAUCGGACUAUGGAUGCGAAGAUAUACGACGAACAGGUACUAACAAUGGCAACAGAGGAGGCUAUUAACUCGAGCUCGAAAGAGACGGUUAUGGCUGUAAGUUUGAAGUACCUAGAAGAAAAAACUAGAAGUUGGGAAUCUUCACUUACCAUAGGUGCGGUUAUAGAGGCUUCCAUUAAAGCAGGGAUUCCUGAAAUUUUAGAAAGUGAGAUUAAAGUCACCUACAGUUUUGAAGGGAAUUACACAUGGGGAGAAACUCUUCAAGAAACUAGAGAAGUAACGUCAACAUAUACUGUUACUGUACCACCAAACAAAAAGAUGAAAGUUUCUCUCCUUGCAACUAAGGCCAAAUGUGAUAUUCCGUUUUCGUACACGCAACGAGAUCUUCUCCAAAAUGGAAAAAAAGUUGAGAUAGACUGUGAUGAUGGUCUUUACACUGGAGUCUACACCAUUAAGUUUGAUUAUCAAAACAAGACUCUACCUCUCUAA